AACUCCAUUCUCUAUAUUAUUCAACCCUCUUUCGUCGGUUACAAUACACAAAAUAUGUAAACACAAAUUCAUAUUCAUAUAUAUCCAAUCUACAACCUCAAUAUUACGCAAUUCUUGAUCAACCAAUUCAAUCAAUACAGACAUAGCGUGAAGAACCAAAAUUCUUGUCUUAAGACAGAUUGGUGAUUCUGACAAAAGAAAGAGUCAAAAAGUUUCUUUUUCAAGGCUGUUUUGCUUCAAGGUUAUUAGAAUUGUGUUUUACUGAAUUAUCUGUUUAAUCCUUUGGAGCAUUGCACGUGGACUUACAUCGGAUACUGUAAAGUUGCAUAAGGAUUCUAUUUUCGUUCUGUGCUUACCUUGAUCGUCUCACCAAGAUAACGAAGCUCAUAUUUGGGAAUUGUUCUAAACUUGUCUCCUCGUGCACUGCUGUCCUGAUCAUUUCAAUAUUUGAGCAACAUACUACAUUCAUUCAGUGAAACAUAGAUGGCUAGUAGAAAACGAAGCUUAUCAAAUGAUGUAGAUAGUAAUGCCCUCCACAAGGAAUGGGAUGAAGCUUCAUGCCCCAUUUGCAUGGACCACCCCCACAAUGCUGUUCUUCUUUUGUGCAGUUCCUACAAUAAGGGUUGCAGAUCUUACAUUUGUGACACCAGUUACAGGCAUUCCAAUUGUUUGGAUCGCUUUAAAAAACUCAAAGCACAGGAUGAGAACAGCACCUCUCCACCUGCAUUGUUACCCAGGGAUCUGCACAGAGACACUAGAAAUAACACAAGUGACUCUACUUCAGUUCGUGCUCAGAAUUUAAUUCCUAAUAAUGCCAUAGCAUCUGAAGAUAUAUCUGGAAGAUCAAUUGAGAGUAGAAGCAAUGUUGCUAGUAGGUACUCUGGCAGGCCAGCAGGAGAUAUGGAAGAUGGAGGUUCUGAUGUAUCCAGAAGGAUUGUUCCAGCAGAGAUCAAUGACGGGAACUCUUCAGAACCAAGGUCAAAGUUGAGAUGCCCUUUAUGCCGUGGGGAUGUACUUGGCUGGCAGGUUGUUGAAGAGGCCAGAAAGUAUCUUAAUACGAAGUCUCGGAGUUGCUCUCGUGAAACAUGCUCUUUUUCUGGUAGCUAUGGAGAACUGCGUAGGCAUGCUAGGAGAAUUCAUCCAUCAGCCCGACCUUCUGAUAUCGACCCAAUUCGAGAACAGGCAUGGCGCCACCUUGAGAAUCAGAGAGAUUAUGGUGAUAUUGUCAGCGCCAUUCGUACAGCCAUGCCAGGUGCUGUUGUUUUUGGGGACUAUGUAAUUGAAAAUGGAGAAAGAGCACCUGGUGAGAGAGGAAGGGGUUCAGGUGAGCGUGAUGGACCUUGGUGGACAACAUUUUUCUUGUUUCAGAUGCUGGGCUCAAUGGAUCAUGCUGCUGACCGUAGGAGUGGGAGGUCAAGGGACUCUACCAGGUUUAGGCGCUCUAAUGGAUCUGGACGGAGGUACUUGUGGGGUCGAAAUUUGCUGGGAGCACACGAUGAUGACGAUGACGAUGAUGACAAUGAUUCGGAUGUUAAUAUAUUAAGUGAUACAAAUGAAGAUGUCUCUCCCAUCCCAAGAAGACGUCGACGAUUGACAAGAUAUAGAUCAAAUGAAGACCGAUCAUAGUCGAAGCAUAAUCUGGCAGUUUCCCUCUUUCUAGAAUAGCAAACAGGACCUCCAAUCUUGUCCAAGAACUUGGCUUCCUUGUCCAAGAACUUGGUUUCAAGUCUGCUUCAUAUAGCUGUAUUAAGGCACCAGACAUCAUAAUAUCGGUGUGUUUCUGUAAAAGAAUAGGCGAAGAACAAACAAAAGAAAGUGUUCAGUUUGGUUCUUGUUUGGUCGUCUGUACAGUUUUCAUUUAGUUUGUUUUGUUGGAUUUAUUGUCGAACUAACAAUGUCACCUUCAUUUCAUUUACAUAUCCUGCUCUAGUUAUAAGGUGUGGCUCUUGCAAUGGAAAAAUAUUGUUCAUUUGAAUGUUGGAUUAAUGUAGUUUGAAAAUUCAUUCAGUGGGAUAUAUUUUUUGGUUGA